UGGCGCAGGCGCUACAUUCAACUCUGAUACGAUGAAUUGCCUGUCUAAGGCAGUGCACUGUGCGCCUUCGUGAAGCAAUCAUGCCGAAUUUCAAAUCUGCACCAGAAAGCGAUGAAUCAAAAAAACAUAACGAUUAUAGUUUACAAUUGAAUCGAUGGUUUCUUAUGUCAAUCGGUGCAUGGCCACAAAUAAACGCGUCGAACUCAUUGUGGAAAAUCUUCGUGUUUCUUCAAAUUAUUAUUUGUUGGUCCAUGGUAGCGUCCAUAACGGUACCGUGUUUAUUUUACGUGCUUUUUGAAGACGACAAUAUCAAACUAAAAUUGAAUGCUGUUGGGCCGCUACUUCACAGGGUCAUGGGGUCGAUAAAUUAUUGGGUGUUGCUCAAACGCAGUGAUGAUAUUUGGCAAUUAAUGCAACAUAUGGAAGCAGAUUGGAGGAACAUUCAAAAGAUAGACGAUCGCGAAGUGAUGCUGAAUUACGCCAAGUUCGGUCGUUUCAUCACUGUAAUCUGUGGGGUAAUCAUGCAAGGAGGUACAUUUCUAUUCAGUUUAGCCAGGGCGAUGAAAACGGCAACCAUUAUCGUCAACAAUCAGACUUUUACGACACACCCGAUGACAUGUCCAAUCUAUAGCAAAAUCAUCGAUACGAGAUUCAGUCCUGUAAAUGAAAUCGCGUUGGUUGUACAGUUUUUAUCAACGUUCGUAGUGAGUUCUUCUACCGUCGGUGCAUGUAGCUUGGCUGCUGUCUUUGCGAUGCACGCCUGUGGUCAAUUGAAUGUGCUAUACGCGUGGCUACGAGAUCUCGUUGAGAACCAAGAAAAGGAAAAUCAUGCUGAAAAAGAGAUGGCAACUGUUGUCGAGCAUCAUCUAAGAAUAUUGAGUUUUAUAUCACGUCUGGAAAGUAUUAUGCAUAAGGUUUCUCUCGGAGAAUUGAUGGGAUGCACGAUAAAUAUGUGUUUGCUUGGAUAUUAUACCAUUAUGGUAUGCUAGAGACGUAAGAAAAUGAAGAUCUUAUUAAA